AUGAUUGUAGUUUAUCAGGCCUAUGCAACACAGCAUAAUGCCUCUCAUCAACUGAUUAUUGACAUUUUAAGUAGAGUAAUGAUUGUAAACACAUAUAAUCAGAUUGUAAACACAUAUAAUCAGAUUGUAAACACAUAUAAUCAGAUUGUAAACACAUAUAAUCAGAUUAUAAACACAUAUAAUCAGAUUGUAAACACACAUAAUCAGAUUGUAAACACAUAUAAUCAGAUUGUAAACACAUAUAAUCAGAUUGUAAACACAUAUAAUCAGAUUAUAAACACAUAUAAUCAGAUUGUAAACACAUAUAAUCAGAUUGUAAACACAUAUAAUCAGAUUGUAAACACAUAUAAUCAGAUUGUAAACACAUAUAAUCAGAUUGUAAACACAUAUAAUCAGAUUAUAAACACAUAUAAUCAGAUUAUAAACACAUAUAAUCAGAUUAUAAACACAUAUAAUCAGAUUAUAAACACAUAUAAUCAGAUUAUAAACACGAAUAAUCAGAUUGUAAACACAUAUAAUCAGAUUGUAGACACAUAUAAUCAGAUUAUAAACACAUAUAAUCAGAUUAUAAACACAUAUAAUCAGAUUGUAAACACAUAUAAUCAGAUUGUAAACACAUAUAAUCAGAUUGUAAACACAUAUAAUCAGAUUAUAAACACAUAUAAUCAGAUUAUAAACACAUAUAAUCAGAUUAUAAACACAUAUAAUCAGAUUGUAAACACAUAUAAUCAGAUUAUAAACACGAAUAAUCAGAUUGUAAACACAUAUAAUCAGAUUAUAAACACAUAUAAUCAGAUUGUAAACACAUAUAAUCAGAUUAUAAACACAUAUAAUCAGAUUGUAAACACAUAUAAUCAGAUUGUAAACACAUAUAAUCAGAUUAUAAACACAUAUAAUCAGAUUAUAAACACAUAUAAUCAGAUUAUAAACACAUAUAAUCAGAUUGUAAAAACAUAUAAUCAGAUUGUAAACACAUAUAAUCAGAUUAUAAACACAUAUAAUCAGAUUAUAAACACAUAUAAUCAGAUUAUAAACACAUAUAAUCAGAUUAUAAACACGAAUAAUCAGAUUGUAAACACAUAUAAUCAGAUUAUAAACACAUAUAAUCAGAUUAUAAACACAUAUAAUCAGAUUAUAAACACAUAUAAUCAGAUUAUAAACACAUAUAAUCAGAUUAUAAACACAUAUAAUCAGAUUAUAAACACAUAUAAUCAGAUUAUAAACACAUAUAAUCAGAUUAUAAACACACAUAAUCAGAUUAUAAACACAUAUAAUCAGAUUGUAAACACAUAUAAUCAGAUUGUAAACACAAAUAAUUAG